AUGGAAGACGCGAUGCCCACCUCGAAGGACCUACGGGUCGGCAUCGAUUUCGGCACAAGUGGCAUCCGAGUUGCCAUCGGGAGAGCCGAUGAAGCUGACUCGACGUCCGUUCCGAUGCGGGAGCUCUUCAACUCGGAGGGCCAGCUUGUGCCGUCCACCAAAUUUCCCUCUGCGGUGCAGUUUGGGCCGGGCCUUGGGCAAUACAAACUCCUUGGAAAUCGGGCCGCCAACGAGCAGUCCAUAUGGGAUGUCCUCACAACCUCGUCUGGUGCCAAACUCUCGUUAGACCCUACGCAGUCCAAAGCAGGCGAUGCAGCUCAUUUCUUGGAACUCUGCAAGGAAUACAAAGUCGAUCCGGACCAAGUGCGGCUGCAAUUGCUGGGCGUUGUCAAGGAAAAGGUCGACGCUUUCUUGGCCGCUGAGUACCCUACCGAUAGCGACCCUUGGGAACGAGUCGUUAGCACGCGAAUCAACAUUCCGUAUAUUUGGUCAUCGGCAUCGGAAGAUGCGUCAUACUCUCACGGGGACUACUCUCACGGGGAUGCCAUACAGCGCCAACUACUGCACAUGAUAGAGAAGGUGGGGUUCCCGAACGUCGUCACGCCCGAAAAUGAGGCUAUGAGCGCCUUGCGAUACCACAUUCAAGGGAGCAAGGAGCUGCUAGGCGUUUUGGGGAAGUCGAAUGUCAGGGCAUUGUUCAUAGACGCAGGCGAGGGCACUACUGACAUGGCACCCGUCGAGCUGUUUCUCGUCGAAGGCACGUGCCGAGGAAUCGAGAUCGCCAAAGCAGAAGGUUGUAGUGGCGGCACAAGCUACAUCUGGAAUAGACUGGCCGAACUCUGCCGGACAAGGUGUGCGAAUGAUCGAGACGCUGCGGCAAUGUAUCACCUUGCCCAACUACACUUUUUCAAGAUGGGCGAGAGGUUUGAACCCUUUGCUCACAGUGGCUCGAUCAUAUCGAAAGAAUUCUUCGAGCAGAUAACGGAACGUGCCUACAAAGGUCCGCUGGACUUGGCGGUGAAAGAAGCAUCGCAAAUCGAGAAUCUAGACCUGAUCAUGGUCAGCGGCGCGGCUUUCACCAACAAGAGCAUCAGACGUCUCUGGCGGGAGCGCUUAGAGUCAGAGACCGAAAGGCAGUCGGGAGACGCUGCAACCCACACAGCGCCAAAAAUCGUGUUCUUGAAGCCCAACGACGCAAGUGAUGCAGUCGCGAAGGGUGCCUGUCUGCCGUAUGACGAUGAUCCAAUAAAAGAGUUCCACAAGUCUUGCUUCGGCAUUCUCAUUGACAGUCGCCGGGCGGUUUUGGGCCGUGGACGACGAAAGCGGCCUACGGGGAGGCCACGAAGACCGAAGUCUCGCACAUUGCUCCAGUUCAAGAGGGCGAGCUCAUACGACUUUGAACCCGAGUUCCAAACUGUUUGCGUACAGGACCCCAAGGAAUUCCUGGUUGAGCCUCAUUAUCUCAUGAUCGAACCGAUGGAUCUUGAUGACGAAAACCAAGACGAGACGACUACCACGGAGUGGGAUGCUACGUCUGCUCUGCCUAUGGGCAACUUGCAGUUUAAUCUGCAGGGCAAAGUUGGGCGAGACAAAGCAGUCGGGGUGCGGUUCCGAUGGAGACCGGAUUUCAGCAAUCUAGUCUUGCUCGAGCUUGCGGCUGGCAGUUGGCGCGUGACGCAACAGCUCCAGCUGGUUCGCGAUAUGGACAGAGUGUACUUCAUUGAGCGUGAAGUCAAAGAGUGGGAAGAGGAUGUUGAGCUGGGUUCACACACAAAUCAUGACGAAGUGGCACGCAACCCGAGAGAAAUACACGGAGGCUCUGAUGGAAACACCAGCCCCUUAGCGGAAGUCGAAGCAGGGCCGGACGACGUCGCGGACGAUGGGGCGGCGCGUCAUACCGAAGCGACCGGGGAGAACGGUGUUGCCAUUGCUGGCGGCGAGGAGGUGUCUCCACCCAACACUGUGACCAUGGAACUCCCGCGCCGUGGGCGAAAGAGGUCUGCGAGGGCUGUCUCGGGGAGCUCCCAUGCCGCAGAAGAUGGCGCCACCGCAGCCCAAGUUGCAGACCAUGAUCUGCCCGAACGUACUCCCGAAGAAGUAGCGUCAGAAUCUCAGCGCGACCGUGCAGGGACAGGUACUGUCGAGGAAGUGGGCAGCCAUACCGCAGGAACCCAAGGCGGACUUGAUCUCGCCGUGGAUGAAAAUCAUGAGGAGCGCAACGAUAGGGAUACAACCCAGAACGCAACACAGAGCACACCGCCCUCACAAGAGGUAGUGGUCGAGCUUGACCCUUCGGCUCUCGGUAGUCCGAGCGGCGAAGCCGCAAGGACGCUUCGCGUGUCAAGACGCACUGCCACCAUUUUCUUCGGCAGCAUUUACGGAUUCAACGCCGUCAACGGCGCACGACGCACAAUCGGCGCCGUGGAUUGGCCAGAAGCCGUCCCCAACGGUGCUGCCGUCAAGGCAGGACCUACUCUUAACCUGCACACCCACCACGUCGACGACCGCAGCUCCCCCUUCGCCACCAGUCACGCCAAGGCCGAUACAUGA